AUGGCUACCGAUUAUGACUUUCAAGGCUGGCUAGGCCACUCCCCAGAAUCAGUAGAGGGGAAGAUGGAAUGGGGCUCGUUCGAGCCUAAGAAAUGGGCGGAAGAUGAUGUCGACAUUCAGAUAACACACUGCGGUAUCUGUGGCUCAGAUCUGCACAUGCUCCGUUCUGGAUGGAGUCCAACUCCUUAUCCUUGCUGUGUCGGUCACGAAAUCGUUGGCAAGGCAGUUCGCGUUGGUAGCAACGUAAAGGACAUCAAGGUCGGCGAUCGUGUAGGUGUCGGCGCCCAGGCUAGAAGCUGUUUAGAGCCCGACUGCCCGGAAUGCUCCCAGGGGCUUGAGAACCACUGUCCGAGGGGCAUGGUCAAUACCUACGGCUCUGUAUACCCCAAUGACGAGGGAAAAUCAUAUGGCGGAUACGCUGACUAUAAUCGGACCCAUUCGCGAUUUGUCUUCAAGAUCCCCAGUGGACUCUCGUCCGAAGAUGCUGCUCCAAUGCUAUGCGGUGGUAUCACGGUGUUUUCCCCUCUAAAGCAUAACGGGUGUGGUCCUGGCAAGACUGUCGGCAUUGUCGGUGUUGGCGGACUUGGCCACUUUGGUGUGCUCUUCGCUAAGGCUCUCGGUGCCGACAGGGUUGUAGGUAUUUCCCGGAAGGCCUCUAAGAAGGACGAAGUUUUGGCUCUUGGAGCGGAUCAGUACAUUGCGACUGAUGACGACAAGUACUGGUUUGUCGAUAAUGCGAGGUCAUUAGACCUGAUUGUUUGCACAGUCUCCAGUGAAAAGAUGCCACUUUCACAAUACUUGUCUCUGUUGAAAGUCGGAGGCACCUUCAUUCAAGUUGGCGCUCCUGAUGGAGGGAACCUGCCUCCUGUCAACGCGUUCACCUUAAUCGCCAGUGGCAUCAAGAUCGGUGGCAGUGCCAUUGGCUCUCCAAAUGAUAUUUCUGACAUGUUGCAGUUUGCAGCUGAGAAAAAGAUUAAGCCUUGGGUUCAGACGAGACCACUUAAGGAUGCUAACCAAGCCGUUGUCGAUAUGGCUGAUGGCAAGGCUCGGUAUCGUUAUGUGCUGGUCAAUGACAAGCAUGCGCAGUAA